AUGGCUGGCUUUGAAGGCGAGGCGCCCCAAGCCUCCAAGAUCCCGUACUGGCGCUUGGUCUUUGAUCAAAAGGUGGUCACGAACGAGGUGAUCAAUCAUCCUUACGCUGGACGAGGCACCGAUGAUGAUCCCUUUGUUGUUGUUUGGAUCCCUGGUGACUCGCGCAAUCCGAUGAAUUUCAGCUCUAUGCUGAAAUGGUCGCUCACGAUCUUGGUCUCCUUGGCUACCCUGGCGAUUGCGCUGAUAUCUUCUGCCUACUCGGGAGGCAUGGCCGAGGUCAUGAGAGAGCUGGGCUCUUCAAGAGAAGUCACCACUCUAGGAAUAUCCCUUUUCGUCCUUGGAUUUGCGUUCGGACCGCUGAUUUGGGCACCGAUGAGCGAAGUAUUCGGUCGACGCAACGUUUUCACCCUCACUUUCUGCUUACUUACUGCCUUUAAUGCCGGAUGUGCCGGUUCUGGGAAUAUCCAGACAUUGAUCAUACUGCGAUUCUUGGCUGGUUUCUUCGGAUCGUCUCCCUUUGGCAAUGCAGGUGGAAGUAUUGCCGAUAUGUUCCCCGCCGCCAAACGGGGCAUUGCUAUUAGCCUCUUCUCUGCAGCACCUCUUUGCGGACCAGCUAUCGGCCCAAUUAUCGGAGGUUUCCUCGGCUCUGGCGCUGGUUGGCGCUGGGUGGAAGGGUUCUUGGCCAUCUUUUCGGGUAUCAUCUGGAUAUGCCUUUGUGUGUUUCUGCCCGAAACAUACGCCCCGGUUCUCUUGCGCAGACGCGCCGAAAGGCUCUCUGAACUGAGUGGCAAGGUCUACCGUAGUAAGCUGGAUAUUGAACGAGGUAAACUGUCGCUGCAGCAGACUUUGACUACAGCACUGUCGCGGCCAUGGCGUCUCCUGUUUCGUGAGCCUAUCGUGUUUCUGUUUUGCAUAUAUAUGGCUAUCAUCUACGGCAUCUUAUACCUUUGCUUUGCCGCCUUUCCAAUCGUCUUUCAGGAGGCCCGCGGUUGGAAUGAGGGUAUCGGAGGAUUGGCUUUUCUAGGGAUCCUGGUCGGUAUGAUCAUCGCUGUCAUCUACACAUUUCCAGAGAACAUGCACUACGCCAAAUUGUGCAGACAAACAACGGGUCGCCUUCCCCCCGAAGUCCGUCUGCCUCCAAGUAUCGUCGGUGCUAUUGCCUUGCCCAUCGGUCUUUUCUGGUUCGCCUGGACCAACUCGCCCUCAAUUCACUGGAUGGCCUCGAUUGCCGCCGGAGCACCCUUCGGAUUCGGGCUAGUUCUCGUGUUUCUCAGCGUAUUCAACUACCUGAUCGAUGCAUAUACGAUCUACUCGGCGUCCGUACUCGCAGCAAACUCCGCUCUCCGGUCUCUCUUUGGCGCAGCCUUUCCCCUCUUCACCAGCUACCUCUACUCAGGGCUGGGAAUCCAUUGGGCGUCAUCGAUUCCUGCAUUCCUGUCACUAGCCUGCGUCCCGAUCCCCAUCGUGUUUUAUCUAUACGGUGCGCGCAUACGGAAGCGCUGCCGCUACGCCGCCGAGGCCGAUGCAUUCAUGCAACGUCUUACGCAGAGCAAUCAGCAGGAAGCUCGGCGCGAAGAGCCUGUCAUCGAGAAGACCGAUGCCGAGGUGGAGGCGGCUGCGGUUGACGUCGAAAGCGAUAGUGAGACUGGCAGCCUGUCCAGUGUUCCAUCUGUGAUUGAUAUGAGCAGGAGGGCGUCUCGAGCGUCGAAAAUGUCUGGGCGCUCGCUGGCUCGCACGGCGACUCAGUACGAGGAGAAUCCGUAUGAUAUCGAUCGAAUAAACACUCGCAAUUCCGCUGUCAGUGGAUGUUGUCAGAAGGAUUAG